CACACGGACAGGACGGUACCGGGACGCAGCAGCAGUCGGUCAGUCGGUCGGUUGGUCGGUCGGUGGAACGGGAGGGAGCGAACAGGCGGCUGCACGGGAACAGGAAGGAGGAUAUCUUUUGUUUGUGAUCUAUUUGGAGGAAGAUGAAGUCGCUCAUCCUGCUCGCGCUCGUCGCCGCGGUCACCGCCGGGAAGUCGCCUCGGCUGAAAUUUGUCGUGCACGAGCCUUCCAGGUUCCACUUCAACAAACCUGAGAACUACAUCAGCAUGUACCACCCGGAGGGAAGUGACACGCUGUACGUGGGCGGCCGGGCGAUGAUCUACGAGCUGACGUUCAGUGACCGAGGCGUCCGCGACCUGCAGAUCCCAGCGGCAUCCGAUCAGACUGCGAUCGACACCUGCAAGGCAAAGGCUGCGCCACUCGAGCUGGAGUGUGAUAACUUCAUCACAGUCAUUCAGAAAGUGAACGACACAUUCAUCGCGUGUGGAACGAACGCCGGGAGCCCGAGGUGCUGGAUGCUGGUGAACGACACCGUGCUGACGGACGUUCAGGGCAACGGGCAGAUGGCCUCGGCCUCGGACAUCUCGCCGCCCUACCCGUCCCAGAAGUCCAUCAGCCUGCCUGCAGAUGGGAGUCUGUAUUCGGCGAUGUCGUCGGUGGGAGGUCAGGCCGGCUCGAUCCGCCGAACGUUUGGCCCCCAGAAGCUGCUGAAGACCGAGAACAUUUGGCUGCUGAAUCCUCAGUUUGCUGGAGCCGCCAUUAUUCCGUCUCCGCACAAGGACAAGGAGGAGCUCUACUUCUUCUUCAGCGAGUUCAACAAGACGGCCCGAGUGGACGAGGAGCCGUACCGAGCUCGCAUCGGGCGCCUCUGCACGGUGGACGAAGGAGGCAUCAAAGCUCUGCUGGCCGACUCGUGGACGACCUUCAAGAAGGCUCGGAUGAUGUGCGGCUCAGGCAACACCCAGCAGCAGUACAACAACCUGAAGCAGGCCGUGGUGCUGACGGCGCAGGACAAGAGGGCCGGGGUCUUGUACGGCCUGUUCUCCAACGCAUGGGGCAGAACCGUGAUCUGUGCCUACUCCAUUGAAGAUAUUGACCAGGCCUUCACCAACAGCAAGCUGAAGGGCUACAGCAGCUCCUUCGGCAGCAAUCGCCCUGGAAUGUGCGUCCGCAAAAACGCCACAGCCGGUCACAACGACAUCAAGAACCUGGGGAUCAUCAGGUACCACCCGGAGAUCGAGGACGUCAUCCGGCCCGUGGGCGUGUCUCCUCUGGACCUGCCCAUCGAGGACCAGAUCACCCACGCCGUGGCGGACAUCGUGCUGGCGGUCAACGACGAGCACUACAGCGUCCUGUACCUCGGGACCGAACAAGGCAAAGUUCUGAAGGUUCUCCACUCUAGCGAGGGGGUCUUCAUCAUAUCCCAGUACUCCCUGUUCCACAACGAGGGCCCCGUUCUAAACAUGGCCAUCGACGCCCAGAAGGGACAUCUGUACGUCGGCACGGCGAUGGAGGUCCAGCGCCUGCCGCUGGCUGACUGCCGGCGCUAUGGCGACACGUGCAGGGAGUGCAUCCUGGGCCGGGACCCGUACUGCGGCUGGGACAAGGCCCGCAGGAAGUGCAUCGCCAUCCCGCCCGGAUACAACGCCACCACUGGGGCGCUGAUUCAGAAUCUGGACCAGUCCAACUCGUCGGUUUGCGGGGAAGCUGCUGCUCUGAAGCAGCGUCGCACUUCACCCAGAGAAGUGGUGGUCCAGUCCAACACCUCCAUCUUCCUCCCCUGCCCCGUGCACUCCUUCCACGCCACCUACCGCUGGGAGAAGGACAACUGCAUCAAGAACUACCCCUGCCUCUUCUCCGGGGACUUCUGCGUCCUGGGGCCCACCUUCAACACGCCCCUGAAGGAGGGCGUCUUUCGAUGCAUGGCCACCGAGGACGGGUUCAAGGUGGAGGUGAUCUCCGUCAGGCUGGUGAACGACGGCCGGCUCCUGGCCGCCUCCCUGGCCUCCACCUUGGGGCCGUCACUGCUGCUGGCCGUGGCCGCCCUGUGGCUCCAUUAACUGCAGCUAACGCUAACGCUAACCGCUCAUCCUUACCGGCUCCCGACGACCGGGAGCCCCCGUCAGGAGGUCAGGUUCGCAGAGCAUUGCACUUCAUGAUUGGGUUGUCGGUGCCAAUUUUCAAUUUUUAGAAAGAGUUAUGGAUUCAGUGAUUUUUAGCAUAAAGCAUCAGAAGGUCCAUGAUUUGAUUCGAUCUGAAGUGAGUAGGAGUUCCUGUCCAUGAACUUGAUUCAAUCAUAACUAGAUGCUUUGCAAACCUUUCCUCUCUGACUCGAAAACAAACAUAUCCUAUGAGUUGGGCAAAAAAAGAGAAAACAAACCAAUACCAGGCCAAUUGUUUUUAUCAUUUCUCUACUUAAUUUGAAAUUGACUUGAUUGUUGCUUAUUUGUGAAUCUGUAAACCUUUAAUACCACUCUCUUACAUCCCAUCCUUCAUCUUGUUAAACUUAUAGCUCAUUGGUACUUAGUAAAACGUCUGGUAUUGAGAUUUAAAAGCCUUAACACUUCUGGGACAUUAACUCCUAAGCACAAUUUUGCAGUCGAGGCAGAAUCCUGCAGACUCGGAUGCACUUGGCGCUGUGGUUAGUGCAGCUGAGUCCGACAACAUCACCGGGAGGAAGUGUCAGCUUUCUGACAGGAAGUAGGCGGAUGGGCACCAGCUCAUUCUCGAACAUCACUGUGUCUCAGCAACUCCUCCUCAGGCGAGGCAGUUCCUGGCAUAUUUUUAUCAGAUGGCAUCAGACGUGGUCGUUGCACCUUGUUCACAGCUUUGUCCAUUUGUCUUUUCAUACGCUAUCGACUCCUCCCACAGAUCAGAGCAGGACGGUCGCUCUCUUCAGAGGAUGUGAACGUGAAGUAAAGUAACUUAUAUAAUUAUCGAGUGAGAAGCAGAACAGCCUCAGACUCUCACAAUCUUAAAAACAUGAAGCCAUUAAAUUAUCAAAUUCAUCUCUAUCAACCCACAUGAAAGUUUAAUUCUGGAUAUUUUCUGUCGGGUGAAUCACGAGGAGUCAAAAUGUCAAACUGCUUACUGAUUAUUUUUGGCGAAUUUCUUUGAAUUCACAGAAAAAAGAGAGAUCAGGUUUUUGGGAAACUGAGUGAGGACGACAUCACUUCCUGUAAACCUGCCCUGGUGCACGAGGAUGUGAACAAGGUGCUGAAGCGUUAUCAUACGUUAUAUUUCAUAGAUUGCCGGGAGAGUAAAAAAACAAAAGGCUUGUGAUUAGAUCUGUGAAGUUUGUUCUGUAUUUUAUUGCUCUGCAGAUGCUGAUUUUCUACCAUUGCUGCCUCCUUACGUGACAAUUUGUCUUGAUGGUUUGGGUUUUUAUGCCAUAGUUAGAAUGUGAAAUGUAACCAUUGACUGCUUCGCCUCUUUCCCCGGGGACGGCAGCGGACGAGACACUCGGACAGUUUUUCAAUCUUGAAUCUCGAUGCUGUGAAACAUACUUCCCUGAUGUGCAGCAGCAUCACAACCAGCGGCGUGAGAUGUCACCUGACAUCUCCUCACGCAGCUGAAUCACAGCUCCAUGUAAACAGAAAGGAGGCGUGAAUGGAGCUGCUCUCCAGCUCAGCAGUGAAAUGACAGAAACUACAGCGACCCCUCUGAAUACUGAGCAGCCGAGUGAGGCAGGAGAACUGAGCGCUGAUGAAUUAUGCAGCGGAUUAGCAUGUUCCUCCAGAGCUUUCAGAAUUACCAUUCGGUGAUGUUACAUAAAUCUGCCCGUGCCGAGCCUUCCACAGCGGCAGGAAUGUCAGUAAUAGCUCAUUAGUGAUUCCUCAUGCGCCGUAUUAGGGAAUUUAUUAAACACGGUCAGGCGUGUUCUCAAACCUCCAGCCAGUGUCGUGCUGCUCGCUCGGUUGUGUGUUGCUGCCCGGUUGUGUGUUGCUGCUCGGUUGUGUGUUGCUGCUCGGGGCCCUGCUUGCUUUCUGCACGGAUGUGGGCCAAGGACAAGAAAAGAAAAAAGCUGUGUCGGGCCACCUUAUUUACAAAGAUGCUUCAUCUCCUCCCCUGAACCCUGAGUGUGUGUGCAACAUCGGCCGUCCCCACAAACACAACCCCCCCCCCCCCCCCCACUACAGGUCCAACAUGCAAACUAAUCAUCUUUGUGUCUCUGUGUCGCCGUCAGGGUGGUAAGCGAACACCAGCCUCCUGCCAAGCGCCGGUGAACCUUCGGCACUUGGCUCCGUUGUGCCGGAGACUUUUCACAGGAAACUAACUCGACAACACAAACGUGUUGUCGAGUUAGUUAGUCCUCUCAAACCUCCUUUAUACUGUAACUGCUGCGUGUGUCGUCAUUCAACUCCGAACGCUGUGAUCAGAGGAAGAGAAGCCGUUACUUUACUAUUAGGUCAAAUAUGAUAAUCUUCUUGUAGUAUUUAUACGCACACUUUGAACAAAAUUGUGUUGUUUAGGAAUUAGGACUUGUACUUAUACCAUUUAGAACUGACCAGUACCAGGAAAUACGCCAAUACUACUUCUACAAUCAAGUAAAAGUCCUGCGUUUCAAAUCUUUACUUCAUCACAGAAACAUCAAUCUGAAUAUUCUGAUAUGUUGAAUAUGGUAAAUGAUGUGUUUGUAUUUUCUGUGGCUUCUGGCCUUUAGAGAUUUGGUGAAUGAAGGGGAGACAGGAAACCGGGUCAAAGAGCCGAGGCCAGUCCGAGCACCAGAACCAGUCAGGUCGCCCAACCACCACAAAAACAGUAGUUUAGAUAUUUCAGCUCUGAAAAAACAAUAGUGACCAUCAAGAACCCGACAUCUGUUCAUGUUAGCUUGCAUGCAAUUGUGUUUCUUUUAUCUUCUGUCAUGUUCCUCCCUUGACGAGGAGCUCCGGUCCCCAGGCAGGAGGAGUCGUCCUCUGUCCUCGUCCUCUGUCCUCGUCCUCGUCCUCUGUCCUCUGUCCUCGUCCUCCGCUCGACGCGUGGGAUCAAACACAAACAGCAUCUACCAACACUUGAGAAUCCACAUCUCCUCUGUGUUGCAGUCUUUGCUUUGAUGUGGAGAUCCACACGGCCGCUUUAUCCACAUUCACUAAUCGCUCGCUCGCUCCCGACUCGUCUCCUUCACAGCGAGCUCUUGAUUUGCCUUCAGGAAACCAUCGGCGAGGAAGAGGAGCGGGUCGCCGCUCUGUUGGCUCCGGGGGUUCGAGUGCAGUACAUGAUGUGUGCCCUAAAAUCUGUGUCUUGAUAUAACUAAUUGAAAAAAAAGUAACAUGCCAAACUAUUAUUAU